AUGGCUAGACCCGCGGCAGCCACGCCUGGCUCGGCGGCCUCCGCGAAUGCAACCGGCCCGUACAGUCAUCUUACUGAGCAUCAAAUGCAGCUGAUGAAUGAAGAGUUGAAAGCGGCCGAGGAGAAAUACCAACCCCGGUUUGCAGAAGCCAACCAAAUCGCGGACGAAAACGCACGGCGGGCUAGAGUCGAGGGUUUGCGUAACAGCUUUGGCACCAAGCAAUCCAUGAUCCGCAAGAAAUACGGCGUGCGGCUGCGCGAGAGGCGGACGAAAGCCGAAAUCUUUGCAGAACGAGAACGCCUGGGCCUCAAAAAGGCCGAGAAGGAGAAGGAAAGAGAGAAAGCGAGGGGGCCGGCCGGCACGCAAACGCAUAAUGCCAGCCCACUGGCUCACCCAGAUUUCGCUUCGCGCGCUGCAGCUGGCAGUGGGUGGACCGCCGCGAACACCCCACGGACGAGCUCCUGGGAGGGACCCAGUGCCAAGCGCCAGCGAACGGACGAGGAUGGUGGCUACCAGACGCCAUAUAAAUCUUUGGCGGACGAGACACCAACACACAAGACUCUAUCGGCGUCUCUACUCGGGAACGGUUCGGCAGGCUCGUCCGCCGUUGCUGCCACCCACGACCCGACCACCCCACAAAGCUCUCGGCCUGCGGCAGUCUACGAACAAGCCGGCGCGCGAGUCGAGAUCCACGAGCCAUCCAAGGCCAGCAACUCUUUGGGUGGGCCAGACCCAUCUGGCGCGACUUCCGAAUCCGCCACCCCGGACGGUUCAGAGCCCGGCGCCAACGAUCACGGCCCAAACAGAGGCUUCCAGGUCCCAACCGCCGUUGUUAUCGACGAUGACUCGUCAUCCGAUGACGACGGCGACGAAGAUAUCCCCUCGACGCUGCCCGCCCACGUGCGUAAGGGUCUAGCGUCGGGUAGCACCUCGCGCUUGCAGACUCCCUAG